AGGAGGUCCAUCUGUAAGUAGGUUGUACUUUUCAUUCUUACCAAGAAAUCCUCAAUUUUGCACGACAUGUGGAACACUCUGCUUUUUGUGCUCAUUUUGUUUGGCAUUGACUUCAUAUUUGCCACCACACACUCCCUGCAGUAUGUCUACAGCGGUACGUCAGGGAUACCGAACCUCCCAGAGUUUAUGACCGUAGGGCUGGUGGACGGGGAGCCCAUCACUUACUAUGACAGUAACAUACGCAGAGAGGUUCCUCGUCAGGAAUGGAUGGCAAAAGCUGUGGAUCCUGAUUACUGGAACAGGAACACUCAGGUCUCCACGGAUACAGAGCCGGUGUUCAAAACCAACAUAGUAGAAGUGGCAAAGCAGCGUUUCAACCAAACCGGAGGUAUCCACACAGUUCAGCAGAUGUACGGCUGUGAGUGGGAUGAUGUAACUGGGGCCACAGGUGCUUUUCAUCUAUAUGGCUAUGAUGGGAGUGACUUCAUUGCAUUGGACUUCAGAACCAUGACUUAUGUGGCUCCAGUGAUGCAGGCGAUUCCCACUAAAGUGAAGUGGGACAGAGACAGAGCUGAGUUAGAAAACAUAAAAAGGUACUUUACCCAGCAGUGCAUUGAGUGGCUGAAGAAGUAUGUGAGCUACGGGAAGAGCACACUGGAGAGGACAGUCCGCCCUGAGGUGUCUCUGCUGCAGAAGGACCCCUCCUCUCCU